UUGUCUGGCCUCCUGUCAGAGUGGUUCCCAAACGUCUGAAGUUGUAUUUCUGGGUGGGCCGUGGUCACAUUCCGAAGUCCGCCUUGGGCCGGUCGGGGGUCAGCGCGCGUGGACCCCGCCGCAGGAAAAGGCUUGGGCUGAGUGCAGCUGCUGUCAAGCCGGAGAGGACGUUUUCUCCUCCGGAACGGAGGCAGCGCGCACGCUGUUUCCGGGGCCCGGAGUGGGACCCGCCCCGCGAACGGCCACGUCUCAACGGGCGGCGGGCUCGGAUUGCUGCCGUGGGGCCCGAGCGCCGGGUGUAAUGAUAGCCCUCAGUUGAACUUCGUACCUCUAAGUCCUAACCUGAACAUGGAAACCAGAAUGAGGGUUCUGCCCAGAUCGCAGUGCUGCUUUUGAUAGCAGAAGCCAGACUUACCUGCAGUUCCUUGUGGCUCUCCACACUGGCUCAUCCUUUGUCACUCUGAUCAUGGAUGGUGCAUCAGCUAAGCAGGAUGGCCUCUUGGAGGACAGACCCAGCAGUGACAACGCUGCUUGUCCCAAGGGCUCCCUGGCACUGCCCGACCAGCAGGACGGAGCCCAGCGGGCCAGUGCCGAGGCAAGCAGAGCUUCCAGUGGAGAAGGAAGCCCCCAUGGACCUGGGCAAGAUGGCCUCUGUCAGAACGGGCCAACACUGCACUUCUCAGACCCUCCAUUGCCUCUCGAUUCCACCCCAAGCCCAGUGGGUCCUGAUGCCUCUCCAGGCUCCAUGGAGUCUUUGCUGCUGACGGAAGAAGAGGAGCAGGGACGACUUGAGGCUCGCAAGCGGCUGGAAGAGCAGCUUCAGCAGUACAGAGUGAAACGCCAGAAGGAGCGGUCCAGUCAACCUUCAAAAACGAGGCUUUUUAGCACACUUGAUCCUGAACUCAUGUUAAACCCAGAAAACUUACCAAGAGCCAGUACCUUGGCUAUGACAAAAGAAUAUUCCUUCCUGCGUACCAAUGUCCCACGGGGGCCAAAAGUGGGCAGCUUAGGGCUCCUGGCACAUUCUAAGGAGAGGAAAAGUUCCAAAGCAAGCAAAAUACGCUCUCUGGCUGAUUACAGAGCUGAAGACUCUGAUGCUGGGAGUCCUGUUGGCAGUCUCCCAGCCAGUGACUCCAACAGGGCCUCUCUGAGACCUAGCAGAAGUAGUGCAGUGGCCCUUGUGUCUGAGAUCAGCCUGUCUCCUGACGCCGACGACCCUAUGGAAAAUGCCUCCCUGACUGGGGACAGCGUAUCUGAGGCCGAUGGCAACGAGAGUGACAGCUCCUCCUACAGCAGCACCUCUGCUCGCAGGACCCAUGCCGUCCUGGGAAGCCCGUCGGUUACUCAGAGAGCAUCCUAUGUGAUCAAUGGACAGGAGUUUGCUGCAGAUACCCUAGGCCACUUUCCUUCCAUUAAGGAUGUACUGCAGGCUGCUGCUGCUGAGCACCAAGACGAGGGUCAGGAUGUCAAUGGGGAGGUGCGGAGCCGGAGAGACAGCAUGUGCAGCAGUAUAUCAAUGGAAAGCUCAGUCGCUGGAACUCAGGAUGAAAUGUUGCAGGUUCUUAAAGAAAAAAUGAGACUUGAAGGACAGCUGGAAGCUGUAACACUGGAGGCUAGUCAGGCACUGAAAGAGAAGGCCGAGCUGCAGGCCCAGAUGGCCGCCCUGAGCACGAGGCUGCAGGCGCAGGUGGAGCACAGCCGCAGCAGCCAGCUGAGGCAGGACUCGCUCAGUUCCCAAGUGGACACCUUGAAGCAGUCCUGCUGGGAUCUGGAGCGGGCCAUGGCUGACCUGCAGAACACUCUGGAAGCCAAAAAUGCCAGCCUAGCUUCCUCAAACAGCGACCUGCAGGUGGCAGAGGAGCAAUACCAGAGACUCAUGGCCAAAGUUGAGGACAUGCAGAAGAACAUCCUCAGUAAAGACAAUACAGUGCAUGACCUCCGGCAGCAGAUGACGGCCCUGCAGAGCCAACUCCAGCAGGUACAGCUGGAACGUACAACCCUGACCAGCAAGCUGAAGGCCUCCCAGGCUGAAAUCUCAUCCCUGCAGAAUGUCCGGCAGUGGUAUCAGCAGCAGCUUGCUCUGGCUCAGGAGGCCCGGGUCAGGCUGCAGGGAGAGAUGGCCCACAUCCAGGUUGGACAGAUGACCCAGGCAGGUCUCCUGGAGCACCUGAAGCUUGAGAACGUGUCCCUGUCACACCGACUGGCAGACACACAACAGAGGUCCAUCAAGGAAAAGGAGCGUGUGGCUGCCCAGCUUCAGAGCAUUGAGGCUGAUCUGCUGGACCAGGAGGCAGCCUUUGUGCAGAUCCAGGAGGCCAAGACAAUGGUGGAGGAGGAUCUCCAGAGAAGGUUGGAAGAGUUUGAAGACGAGCGGGAGCAGCUGCAGAAGGCAGCAGAUGCCGCGGCUUUCUUGGAACAGCAGUUGGACCAGGUGAAGUUGACGUUGCAACAGCGAGACCAGCAGCUGGAGGCUUUGCAACAGGAGCACCUGGCUGUGAUGCAGCAGCUCACUUCCACGCAGGAGGCCCUGCAGGCCAAGGAGCAAUCCCUGGGGGACCUGCAGACUCAUUAUGAGGAGCUGCAGGCCAGGCUGGAAGAGCUGCAGGGAGAGGCCACCUCCAAGGAGGACACAAUCCGCUUCCUACAAAAUGAAAAGAUUGUCUUAGAGGUAGCCCUGCAAGCAGCCAAGAGCAGCAUGGAAGAAUUUGACCAAGGAGCAAAACGCUUGGAAGAAGGCACUGAAGGAACAUCAGAAAUUCUAGAACACUUAAGACAAGAACUGGCCAUCAAGUCCGGUCAGGUGGAGCACAUGCAGCAAGAGACUGCGGCUGUGAAAAAGCAGAUGCAGAAGAUAAAAGAACAGUUUCUUCAGCAAAAGGUGAUGGUGGAGGCUUACCGGCGGGAUUCAACUUCCAAAGACCAGCUCAUCAGUGAACUGAAAGUCACCAGGAAAAAGCUGGACUCAGAGAUGCAGGAACUAAGGCGAGACUUGAUUAAAGCACAAGGGGAGAAGAGGGCUGUGGAGGGGGAGCAGGCACGCUUGCAGAAGGAAGUGUCUCAGGUCCACCAGCAGAUGGCCGACCUGGAGAUGCAGCUGCAGUCAGCGCAGACGGAGCGAGAUGCGAUGGAGACACAGCUACAGUCCCUGCAGCUGGAUAGUGAGCGCAUGGCGGCGCUUUCAGAGGCCAACGAGGCACUACAGAAGCAGGUGGAAGAGCUGCAGCAGGAAGCCCAGAAGGCCAUCACAGAGCAGAAGCAAAAGAUGAAGCGCCUGGGCUCAGACCUGACCAGUGCCCAGAAGGAGAUGAAGACGAAGCGCAAGGCAUAUGAGAACGCCGUGAGCAUCCUCAGCCGCCGCUUGCAGGAGGCACUCACUGCCAAAGAGGCCGCAGACGCAGAGCUGAGCCAGCUCAGAGCCCAGAACACCAUGGGUGGCAACGACCCCAUGCUACAUGAAAGGAUCCAGGCCCUCGAGGUAGAACUGCAGAGUGUGAGCCACAGCAAGCUGCUGCUGGAGAAGGAGCUGCAGGAGGUGAUUGCCACAACCAGCCAGGAGCUGGAAGAGUCCCGGGAGAAGGCACUGGAGCUGGAGGACGAGCUUCAGGAAUCCAGAGGCUUUAGGAGGAAGAUAAAGCACCUUGAGGAGUCCAAUAAGAAGCUGGCCCUUGAGUUAGAGCACGAGAGAGGAAAGCUCACAGGUCUCGGACAGUCCAACGCAGCUCUGCGGGAACACAACAGCAUCUUGGAGACGGCCUUAGCCAAGAGGGAGGCAGACCUAGUCCAGCUGAAUCUUCAGGUACAGGCAGUUUUACAGCGGAAGGAAGAGGAAGACCACCAGAUGAAACAGCUUGUCCAGGCCCUGCAGUCUGCCCUAGAGAAAGAAAAGACAAAAGUGAAGAACCUCAAGGAGCAGGUGGCUGCUGCUAAGGCAGACGCUGGGCAUAACCGCCGCCACUUCAGGGCUGCCAGCUUGGAGCUGAGUGAGGUGAAGAAGGAGCUACAGGCCAAGGAACAUCUGGUGCAUACGUUGCAGGCCGCCACCACCGGACUCCAGGCACAGGAGGGUAAGCACCGCCAAGAAGUUGCACAGUUCCAGGCAGAGCUGGCAGAGGCCCGGACCCAGCUUCAGCUCCUGCGCAAGCAACUUGAUGAGCAGCCAAGCCGGCAGGCCACGGAAGACCAAGAGAUGGAGAAUCUCAAAUGGGAAGUGGCUCAGAAAGAAAGGGAAAUCCAGUCCUUGAAGCAACAGCUGGACCUGACUGAGCAGCAGGGAAGGAAGGAGCUGGAAGGGACACAGCGGCUGUUGCAGAAUAUCAAGUCUGAGUUGGAGAUGGUACAGGGAGACCUGUCCUCGACCCAGAAGGAUAAAUUUGUGCUUCAAACGAAAGUGUCUGAGCUGAAGAACAGCAUGAAGACCCUACUGCAGCAGAACCAGCAGCUACAGCAGGACCUGCGCCGCAGCACGACAAAGACGAGAAAAGAGCUGAAAGGUGAGGCCAGCUCAUCCAGCCCUGCGACGCCCAUCAAGAUCCCAGACUGCCCUGUCCCAGCUUCUCUGCUGGAGGAGCUCCUGAGGCCCCCACCUGCUGUGAGCAAGGAGCCCCUCAAGAACCUCAACAGCUGCCUCCAACAACUCAAGCAGGAGAUGGACAGCCUGCAGCGCCAGAUGGAGGAGCACACCAGCACUGUGCACGAGUCCCUGUCUUCAUGGACUCAAAUGGGAGCCCACCUUGCAGAGCCAGCUGCUGCCAGCCCUACCCCCAGGGACGACACAGACACGCAGCCUGAGCUGAGAUCGUGAGGAAGGACUGGACAGCAACCACUCCCUGCGUGGGACUGCAGAGGAGGCUUCUGUCAAUAUUAUUUAUUUGAUUGUGU